CACCGCUGGCAUCACCGCUGCCCGCAUCACACACCCGCAUCGCACCGCAUCGCUGUUUCUCUCAACAACGCACGCACGCAAGUUUAUACCGGGGCAUCAAUUCUUUGCACAUUCAAAGUACAGACACACGCACACACGCACACGGAUUACUGCCAAGGGAGCAGCCGCGGUCCUUGUCUCGCCCGCAUUGACCGCACGCUUCCGCGGCACCACGACCACCAUCCGCCAAUCGAUCGACGAGACCCCCCCUCCCCCUUUUCGUACGCAACUCUUAGCCCCCUGUCCAUCGCAGCAAAGACCUCGAGCGACGUCGGCCGAGGCCACCUGACCACACCGCCGGCCCAGAGCAGCUCGUGGCAUCCGAUCGAGCAACAACCACCUCGUCCGUCCGAGCUCCUCCAUCGUCCGCGGCUAGCAACUGCCCCCCCAACGUGCCCUGCCGUUGCCGCCAACCCCUUUCCAGACUGCGUGGCGCGCGCCGUCGAAGCCCAGGCACUCAAGCAGCCCGUCCGCCCAGCCAGCACCCCGGCAGCCACGGCCCCCCAGUUCGUUCGUCCUGGACGGGUCCAGUAUUCCAGGUCGGUUGGCUCCACCGUCCAUCCCAACCCCGAAGCCCCACUCCAUCCCCCCUAUCCCUGGCAGUCAAAGUAGCAGCAGCAGCAGCCGCAGCCGCAGACGCAGACACAGACGCAGACGCAGACGCGGACUCGGACGCGGACGCAGACGCAGACGCAAAAGUAGUAGCAGGAGCGGCAGAAGCAGCAAGAAUACAUACUGGCACCCCUCCGCCCACCCACUGUCCACGGCCACACGACAACAGCCGGGGUUGCGCCAGGGCCCUGCUAUUACCGCCUUCCUCUAGCUGCUAGACUUUUGUUCCUUCGUGGUACCCAGUCGUUCUCUUUAGCUGCUAACAGCCGGCUGGCCCAGUAUUAGACCCUGAGCCUCGCCCGUCAAACCGCGCUCCUCGCCACCCCCUUUUGUGCCUGAACCCUCUCUCGUCGACCUUGCGCAGCCAACGACUCCCCACUGACGGCAUCACCUCGACAAGCCCCCGUCGACACACAGCCGCCUACCGUUCGACUCGCCUGCCUCGCCCCCGGGCUGUCCUCCGCGACGACGGAGACGCUGCCGCCGCCAAGUUUGGCCGGCCCGCCCUCAAAACGGAAAAAAGGAGCUGUGGUGGGACAACAAAUGCCGUCCACCACCGCCGAGCAAACUCCAUCAGCCAAACACCGAUCGCCAACCCGCUUCCCUGUCCGCCUGCCCGCUCGCCCGCACGCGCCCGGCCCAGUCGCCUCUUCAGGUUCCGCGAAAUCUCCCACGCGUUUCCUCGCCGCCCCUACUCUCACAUCCAAACACAUCCCAAACCCAAGCGCUGCUCCCCCCGUCGGCCGCAGAUCAACACCCACGACUACCAGUUGUCCAUCAUCCACCGAGGGAGGCGCCCCUUUUCCUGGUGGUGUUGGCGUCGUCGCCAGUUCCGCCCGCCCUGGCCGAGGCCAGCCUGCCCCGCUAAUAAACCUCCCGUUGCAGUGCAGUGCAUCUCAGUAACUGCACUGCGCUGCGCUGCGCUGCGCUGGCUUCGCGUCGUGCUCCCGCUGCCCGUGGAGCCUAUCCAUCUGUUUCUCCCCCCUCCCCCCUUUGGUAUGACACCGCGCUAGGCCUCGUGCGCCCGCGUCCAAGGAAUUUACCACCUCUCGCUCGAGCCCCGUCGCCCGGUGCACCUGCAACUGCAACAGGCGUCGCCAUCGAUCGACUGGGUGUCUGGACACCAAACACCCAUCGCCUCGUCGGCCUCUUCGUCGCCGUCUCGUGCCCAAUCGUCAUUCAUCACAGCCGCCGCCGCAGCCAUGUCCUUCUCAGACCCCUUUCAGCCAGGGCAGCAGCAACACCCGUCCGGCGCACAGUCCUCCUCUGCCGGCCUAACCAUUAACCUCUCCUCAAACAACCCCUUUCGCAAUCGCGCCGCCUCCCCUUCGAGCAUCGAAGCCGCUUUCGCCUCCCCAGCCUCUCCGUUCGACGACCCCCCUCGCCGGCCGCUGUCGCGAAACCCCUUUAUCGACCAGGCUGCUCAGCUUCCUCUCCAGUCCCCCGGGGCCAUGUCGACUCGUUCCGAAACCAAGUCUUUGUCUGCCGAGGACAUUUUCGACUCGUUGACGCUCGACGACAAGACCGCUGCCUCCUCCUCCUCCUCCUCUGCUGCCGCUGCCGCCGCCGCCGCCGCCGCGCCUGCCGCAACACGCCAGCCCAUGGACCGCCAGUCUGCAACUGAACGAGGCGAGAGCCAGCCGGCCAACGGCAACCACCGUCCCACGCGAUCUCAAGAGGAAGCCCUGAGAGCUCGAAAGCCACCACCCGCUGGUGCUGCUGCUGCGCGACCGCCCGGCGACUCACCUCAGCGCAAGCCCCAGCGCCGCCCCCGCCGAAAUUCGGAGUCGUCCGUCAUGGGCAUCAACUCCCUCACGGCCGAGGAGAUGAAGAUGAUUGAAGCCAAGAGGUUGCGCGACAAGCAACGCCGCGAGCGCGAAGGGCGCUCUUCCGGCCGCGAUGGCCAGGAGCCCCGUGAAGCCAAGGACGGUCGCGAUGGCAAGGACAGCAAGGAGACGCGCGAGGGCAAGGACAGGAGCCGGUCGGGCCGACCGAGCCGUCGCCUGGACAUCAUCGACCAGCUGGACGCCACGAGCAUAUACGGAACGGGCCUGUUCCACCACGACGGCCCCUUUGAUGCCCUGAACCCCCAUCGGAAUCGGAAGAGCAGCCGGCGGGCCCCCAUGCACGCGUUCCCCAAGGACUCUCUCAACAACUCACUCGGCGGUGCGGGGCCUCUUAACGCGAACCCCGAUCACGCUGUGUUCAUGGGCAAUGCCACCGACGAAGCGUUCCGCGACUAUGCCGGCGGCGCCAAGAACAAGAACGGCUACACUUACCCGACGCCUUCCAACGGAGAGACGGCGAUAUUCGACCCCAUCGCUCGCGGGUCCGUCAUCCACGGCGACGAGAGCGUCGGGCUCGGCACUUCGACGUUCCUUGAGGGCGCGCCGGCGGCGAGGGCAGCGAUCGCGCGGAGACAGGCAGAGCAGGCGCAGGAGAGCUUCGAGGUGGGCAUUCAGCGCAAGAAGUCGCUGGCCCAGCGCAUCCGGCACAUCAACAGGGGGCCCCGCGACAUCACGCCGUCGGGCCGGCUGACGAACCCCGACGGCACCUAUGGAAAACGGUCUCCAGACGGGAUAGCGACGGGCACCAGCGUCGGGUCCGACAACAACCCCUUCUUCGCUGAGUUCAGCAAGGGCGAGGAGACGCUCAGCGUCAAGGCCCGGGACGGCACCAUGUCGCCCUCGAGUCCUCCGCCCCCGGUGCCGCGUCGAGGAUCGUCGGGCGGGCCGCUGGAGCGGCGGGCGACGACGGACGCCACCAUGAGCGAGGAGGCGCCGCCGGCCAAGCCGAUGGGGAUCUUGGGCAGGAUGAAGAGCCUGAAGGGAGGGCGACGGCCCAAGAACAUUGACCAUGGUUCAUUGCCGGGGGCAGCCACGUAGGGCAGAGGAAGAACGGCGCGCAGGGCCCGUACCGGCCGGGCUGUGUGACGGAAGCCGCGCCGUUGCGCAAGGGGGACGUAUAGAAACCGCGCCGCGGCAGCCAUGAGCGAGCACAUGGGCAGCCUCGGAGCCGGGACGUGGGAACACCGCGACGCUCGAGGGCGACAUGGAGACGACCGAGCCAGCCAAAUGUUGCUGGCGAUGUGGCUUCUUGUUCAAUACUUUCAAACAGUGUGAUGGAGUAUUCUUUUUACAUUGGCGCACGGGUCAGGGCUACGAGGGCAGGUCAUACGCCAGAGAAUCCCUAGGCAGAUUGCUACGAAU